GAGACACGCACACACGUGCAAGUUUGACACUGCAGCACAUUAUUUAGCGAAACUUAAGUGAAGGCAAUCUUAAGAGCAGCUUCUGUUCUCAGGCAGGGGAAAAGUGCAGCCAUUUGUGCUUAUUAUCCCUUGAUUUACUUAUUCAAUGAACGACAAUCAGGAUGUGUGGGAGGGUCUUCGCAACGAGGCUCGCCAGGCAGAUAAGGCCCUGGAGCGGCAACUAGCAGCGCUAGAAUUCCUUGCCGGCCUUAUUAGGAACGAUACACAGAUAGCUGCUUCGCCUUCGUCACUGAACAUGGAAGCGAUAGAAUUUUCUAACAAGUCUCACAGUCAUACGCAACACGAAGGGGAAUUUAGAGAUCCCACAACUAACACAGUAACGGACACGAGACCUACCCUAGCUAAACUCCAACAGCGAUUCGAUGAAGCAUCUUGCGAAGUUGAGAGUGGACUACGAAACCUGGAGCGAAUUCUGGUUUCAAUGGAGCGGGCGAGUUCUCGCAACCUACAUUUUUCGAAGCACACCGAGCGCUUCCAAAGCAUUCUCCUUGAGAAGCGUCGUUUGUUACAACACAUUGUUAAUGACUUCAGGCGACGCAAAGAGCGGCUCGAGUUGCUGUCUGGCGUUGCUGAAAGACCAGAUAGGUACGAAGAAGAGUCCGGAGUACAGCUUUUGAUUAAGGAGCAGAAUGCAAUUCGCCAUACAGCCGCUCACGUGGAUGAGAUUGUGGCCCAAACAGCUGCCACGCAAAUCCGCCUGCGAGCGCAGCGAGAAACGUUUGCCAACGUUGGAGGAAAGCUAUUGCAGAUCGCGGAGCGUGUGCCGAUGAUUAAGAACCUGCUCUCUCGCAUUAACACUCGGAGGCGGCGCGAAGCGGUGGUAUUGGGCAGCUUCAUAUCCAUUUGCUUGUUUGUCAUCGUUCUUUUUCUAUAAUGGUGUGGUAAAAAAAGUAGCAGCAUUUCAAGUGGUAAAAAGUAAUCGCUGUAUAGUGUAUUCGUUUUUACGUAUUUUUUUUAUUGAAGUGGAGAUCAUGAUCUCUUUAGUCCUUUUUUCUUGUGUAUUAUUGUCAAGCAUAUAUAUAUUAUUUUUGUUGAUUUGGCGUAAACUCACAUUCAUUGAGGUUAUAUCUAACAAUACAAAUGUAAGACGUGCCAUUUUCCGUUUGAAUUUUACGGAGAUAUUCAAUAGACUCUCAUUUAGAGAGUAAAUAAAAGUUCAGUUUAAUAUUUGGUGGUUUGCACUAUUGAUGCGUGUUUGAGGGUUCAAUUAUGUUGGUUUCCAUCUGUGAUUACCUCCUGGAAUCCUGCUUUAGUUCUCUUUACAAGGGCAUCUAAGUAUGUAACAAGUAAUUAAAAAGAACAUAUUUAUUUUCUCUCUUGCGGGGGGAGGGGGGCCGAUGGGGCCCGACGACCCCUAGAUUCGUGUUUUUUCUGUCGUAAGUUAUUGGAUUGUUAGGAUGGGAUGCCAUCAUGAAAUUAUUCCGAACAAUACUGAGAAAGAUGCGUCUGUGCCGUUGUUGGGAAGUUGGGACGCGAGACCGUUACCAGUGAACUAGUUAUGGCUCUUUUCUUUGUUGCAGCAAAGUCUCAGGGUCCGUAUCCUCAUACGCUUGCCUUUGGAUUUUGCAAUACAACGCCUUUUCGUUCAUUCGAUCUGUCUCUUAUUUUUCAGCACAUUUCAUCAUUUUUUCACAGGUACCUUCACUAUGCACCUUAGGAUUGACCAAGUUCGAUUUCUUUUGUUUUCUCCUGCAACUAAAACCUUUUGGAAAGGUCCACCAGGGGAAGACAAUUAACAGUUUUUAUUCUUUACUUUUUUUCUGUAUUUCUAAUUUAUUUUAGCCAUUUACUUGCGUGAAAAUUAAUAACAUGUCGUAGAUGUAUCGAUUUCUUUUCGUUUCAUAUAGUUUCAUUUCCUGAAUAGCACCAAAAAAGUCCUCAGAUGUACCGUUCACUAAA